UCGAGUCACUUGUUUCUGUGACAAUGCGGCUAGUCACUCUCUUGCUAUUGGGACUCCUGAAGUUCACAUUGGCUCAGGACAGCGAUCCCUAGUGGCUUUCUUCUCUGCACAGCCAUGGUUAUGCCUCUCUGCAGGCCGACAACACCGGGGGAGAAUGUCCCGAGGAGUGCGACUGUCCUCCAACCUUCCCAAUCGCCAUGUACUGUGACAACCGCAACAUGAAACAAAUGCCCUACAUCCCAUCCCGGAUGAAGUAUCUGUACCUACAACACAAUCAGAUCACCUCUGUCCCAGAUAAUGCUUUUGGAAAUGCCACCAACCUUGUGUGGGUUAUGUUACAUGAGAACCACAUUAACUCAGUGGGCAAGCAAGCGUUUGCUAAACUGGUGAACUUGCAUCGCCUGUACCUGAACAGCAACAACCUAACCGAGGUGCCAUCCAACUUACCUCGCUCACUACGUGACCUUCGUCUUAAUCACAACAAAAUUGGCAAGUUGCCCCCCAACACUUUUGAGGGCAUGGAGAAUUUGACCAUACUUUUGCUCCAUAACAAUGGCCUCGAGGAUAUUGGUGGUGGCCUGAAAGGUCUGAAGUCGUUAACUCUGCUGGAUGUGAGCAGUAAUCAGCUCAAGAAGGUUCCAGAUGGUCUUCCUGAGAUGCUCCACCAGCUCUACCUAGAGUCCAACUCCAUCGAACAAGUUCCAGCAAACUUCCUCAGCCAGUUCACCAACCUGCAGUAUUUCCGUAUUUCUCACAAUGAGCUCACAAACAAAGGCAUCCCCCAAAACACCUUUAACAACAGCGGUCUGGUGGAGCUGGAUUUGUCCUUCAACAAGUUGGAGAGCAUUCCGAUUGUUAGUACCAGUCUGCAACAUCUCUAUCUUCAGGCGAAUCAGAUCAAAGAGUUUACAUUGGGCAGUUUCUGCAGCGUGGUGGAUGUUAUGAACUUCUCCAAGCUGAGAGUCUUGAGGCUGGAAGGAAAUGAGAUCAGUGCUGGAGACAUGCCCUCUGAUGCUGCCCUGUGCCUUCGCCUGGCCUCUGAUAUCGCUGUGUAAUGGCACUGACCAAUCAGCAGGGGGCUCUUUUGUUUCCCCUCCAGCAUUAUUAUCUCAAAGUGGCAUAACAUUGCAUUGAUGUACAUUUUUAUAGUAGGGAAAUUUAUAGUGCCUUGGGAUUUUGUAUGAGAGGAAUCUAAUUUCCUGUGGACUUUAGAGAGUAAUACAAAUACAGAAAUGGGGGGAAAAAGGGAAAUUGAGAGAUUUAGAUAGGAAACGGAGAUCCUCUGUAAAGGUAUGUGAAGCCACUCAAAAGCCACAUAGCCAUUCAUGCUUUUCCGUGCUUUUACUUUAUAAUUAUGUGCUUGUCUCUUGGUUAUGACACUAUUGGCAGCACUAAAAUCAACUCUACAGUUUGAUAUUUUGUUUGAUGCACAUUUGAUUUACUUUAGGUUUGUGCAACAUGGAUUCAUGUCUCUUCAGGAAAGGAGUUUGAACAAUGCUGUGAGUAUUUAUUCUACAUGUGAGACAGAAGAAUAGAUCUGAGAACAGAAACAUCUUACUUGACUACACCCAUCUAACUUGUUCUAUAAUGUGUUAUAUGAUAUGAUAUCAUCACAAGAAAAGGAAAGAAAAACCCUUUAAAUCAGUAAUCUCUCCCAUAUUCACAUCUGAAAGAGGGGAAAGAAAAAACUUUGAAUUGUUGUUUUAAGAGCAAAUAUAUUGCAUGUGAAAUAAUAAUAAAAAAAAAGACUAAGUUUCUAGUGUUUAAACAUGCUUGUAGACCUUUCACGUGGCUCAAUAAAACAUAUUAUGAUGUUCUAAA